GGUAAGGAAGGCCAGCGGCUCCAAAGUUGGCGCCCAUCCAUAGUACCGUUACCUCAGUCAAACAAUAGGUACCUCUGGUCGAUACGCCUCAGACAUAUCGAAUCCCUUACUUUGACACAGUUGCUCAUCUCAAGCCAACAACAAGUCCAGAGACGGAGAAACAUAGGACAAUGAAGCACCUCAUCCUAGUGGGGGCGUGCUAUUUGGACACAAUUCUGACUGUUCCCCAGUUUCCCGAAGAAGACUCCAAGCUACGCGCAACGGCCUUGCAGGUGAGACGCGGGGGCAACUGUCCCAACACAGCCGAGGUUCUCCAGCAGCUACUCCUCUCAGGAGGUGGCCUGGAUUCUUCAUCAACUCAAAACCAACCAGACAGCGCCCCUGGUGUUGUUGCCGUUACACCGCCACCGUCACAACAACAACAGCAGCAGCAGCAGCAGCAGCAGCAGCUGAAAUUACACUUGGUUUCUAUCCUGCCCGAUGUUGGGUCUCCCGCCAUUCGCAAAAUCCUGUCAUCCUUUGCAACUCCUCCUGCUCCUCAGCCAUCUCCAUCUUACGACUCUGAGUCUCUGUCCGAGUCUGUGACCAGCGCCGCUUCUGCUACCGCUACCAGUGUUGACUUUAAUCACUGUCUGUACCGCAAGGGGCACGAUGAAGCAGCCAGUAGUUACAUUAUUCGCAGUGGUGCGACAGGCAGCCGGACCAUUGUGAACUACAAUGAUCUUCCAGAGAUGACAACGGACGAGUUUAUGAAUAUCGCGGAUGAUUUCGUUUCCCUCCAGCAUUACCACAGUGUUGAUGGAAGCUCUAGGGGUUUCAUUGGUGAGGAUUGCUGGUGGCACUUUGAGGUAGGCUCAGCCAUCCCCGUUAUACACAUGCUCGCAGGGCAGAGCCUACAUGCUUUUCGUCCUGCUCCUUACUCUCUCGUAUGACAAGUGCUAUAUGUCUCUUGAUGAAGCUGUCGCUUUCGUUUGUCUCGCCGCAUGUCUGCUCAGGGUCUUCCUUAUAUUAACACACAGACGGACUGCGUCUAAAGGGUCG